AUGUCUCCCUCGUACCCGCUCGUGAAGGGCGUGGACAUUGUUGAUAUCCGUCAGAAUGACGUGGAGUUCUCCCUGAUAAAUGACAUCCAACGAGGUAUCGAUCCCCCAGCAGGCAGCACUCGGUCCAUGCCUACAAUGCUGCUCUACGAUGCUGAGGGGCUCAAGCUUUUCGAGGACAUCACUUACCUGGAGGAGUAUUACCUCACAAAUGCGGAGAUCGAGGUGCUAAAAACGCACGCCAAGAGAAUCGUUGAGCGCAUUCCCGACAAUGCGCAAUUGCUGGAGCUUGGUAGUGGGAAUCUGCGGAAGAUCGAGAUUCUUCUCCGGGAAUUCGAAGCGGCAAGCAAAAACGUGGACUACUAUGCCCUGGAUCUAUCGCUGUCAGAGUUGGAACGCACCUUUUCUGAAGUUUCCCUCGAUCAAUUUCACUACGUUGAGUUUCAUGGCCUUCAUGGAACAUAUGAUGAUGCCCUCACCUGGCUGGAAAGCCCAGAGAACAGACAGUCACCGACAGUGAUAAUGUCAAUGGGCUCAUCAAUAGGGAACUUUGACCGUCUGGCCGCAGCGAAGUUCCUGUCACAAUUUUCCAGACUCUUAGGACCGUCUGACUUGAUGGUGCUUGGCUUGGAUAGUUGUACUGACCCGGACAAAGUUUACAAGGCCUACAAUGACUCUAAGGGCAUCACACAACAAUUUUACGAGAACGGACUAUCUCACGCCAAUGAUAUACUUGGAUACGAAGCAUUUAAGCCUAGCGAAUGGGAUGUUGUGACUGAUUAUGAUCCCGUGGGGGGACGGCACCAAGCAUUCUAUGUGCCAAACCGAGACGUUACUAUAAAUGGGGUAUUGCUUCCAAAGGGUGAAAAACUUCUGUUUGAGGAUGCGUACAAGUAUGAUGCCACACAGUGCGAGCAGCUGUGGCAUGAUGCAGGCUUGAUUCAGGACGCGGAAUUUGGGAAUGACUCUGGAGAAUAUCUCAUCCACGUAUUGUCUUCGGCUGCUCUGAGCUUCCCAACAUCGUCUUCACAGUACGCAGCUCAACCUACCCCAAGCUUCGAAGAAUUUCAGUCUCUAUGGACCGCGUGGGACAUUGUCACCAAAGCAAUGGUACCUCGCGAGGAGCUCCUCUCCAAGCCGAUCAAGUUGCGGAAUGCGUUGAUAUUUUACCUUGGUCAUAUUCCUACGUUUCUUGCAGAUGUUCAUUUGACCCGCGCACUGGGCGAAAAGCCAACUCAUCCCAAGUCGUAUCGGCUCAUAUUCGAACGAGGAAUUGAUCCCGAUGUGGACGACCCUGAAAAGUGCCAUGCCCAUAGCGAGAUCCCCGAUGAAUGGCCUGUCCUUGGAGAUAUUCUGGACUAUCAGGCGCGGGUCCGAAGUAGGGUGCGGUCCGUUCUCCAGAAACAUAAUGUCGCAGAGAAUAGAACCCUCGGUGAAGCUCUCUGGAUUGGCUUUGAGCAUGAAGCUAUGCAUUUGGAAACGUUCCUUUAUAUGCUCAUUCAGAGCGAAAGGACAAUUUCCCCUCCCGCCGUCCCACAGCCGGAUUUUGAGAAGCUCUUCCAGGACGCUCGGAAAGAGGAAAGGCCAAACGAAUGGUUCUCUAUUCCCGAGCAGACGCUGUCGAUCGGACUGCAUGACGACGGUCAGUCCGUUCCUCGGGCCUCUUUUGGAUGGGAUAACGAAAAGCCCGAGAGAACCGUCACCGUCAAGGCAUUCGAAGCUCAAGCGCGGCCAAUUACCAACGGCGAGUAUGCCAAGUAUCUACAAGCAAACCAGCUGCCCCAAAAGCCCGAAUCCUGGGUCUUGAUCAAGCCCGGUCAGACCUACGCGACUUCAAAUGGGGCCAGCCAAGGCAGCCGUCGCGCUGCGAAUGACUUUAUGGCGAACUUUGCCGUUCGCACCGUGUUUGGAUCUGUCCCGCUCGAUUUGGCCCAGGACUGGCCGGUGAUCGCGUCGUACGACGAAUUGGCCAAGUACGCCAAGUGGGUGGACUGCAGGAUCCCCACCUUUGAAGAAGCAAAGAGUAUCUACGCUCAUGCAGCUCGGUUGAAGGAAACCAGCCAUGGCGUACUAAACGGGCACAGUGAAACCAACGGUGUCAAUGGACAUGGAUACAUCAAGACCAACCCCUUGAGGCCUCGCACUCCGGAUCACCAGCCGGUACAAUACCCUUCGCGAGAGUCCCUGCCGGUGUUUGUUGACCUCGACGAUUGCAACGUCGGGUUCAAACACUGGCACCCUACCCCGGUUAUCCAGAACGGCGAUCGACUCGCCGGGCAUGGAGAACUAGGGGGCGUCUGGGAGUGGACGAGCACGGAGCUGGCCCCUCAUGACGGGUUCGAGGCUAUGCAGAUCUACCCCGGAUAUACAUCCGAUUUCUUUGACGGAAAGCACAAUAUCAUUCUUGGAGGGUCAUGGGCGACUCAUCCCCGGAUCGCAGGACGCACCACCUUUGUCAAUUGGUACCAGCGGAACUAUCCCUACCCCUGGGCUGGAGCACGGUUGGUGCGGGAUAUCUGA